AUUUUAUCAAGUUUAAUAUGUUAAAAUUAUUCACAAAUUUCAGUACAUACCAGUUUUAUGAAACAUAUGUUGCUCGAUACAUGCAUAUUUUUGAUAUUAGUUCUGUAAGUCGGUGAUUUUCUCGUGGUGUUUUGUGUAUGACAUCUAUUUUUCAACGCUGCAACUUCAAAUGACGUCAAGAUAUUUAGCAGUAAACGGAUAAAGACAACUUUUUGAAAACAUGAACCCAGCAAGGGCUAAGAUAGCUCAUAGGGAAGAGGCCAGAUUAGCUGCCGAAUCGCGGCCAGAAGAAGACGAGGAAGAUGACGUUCCAGCGCCACCUGACGGAGGGUACGGUUGGGUGAUCGUAUUUGCCAGCUUCAUGUGCAAUCUAGUCGUGGAUGGAAUCUCUUACUGCUUCGGUAUCUUCCUUAUAGAGCUGAUCAACUAUUACCAUGAAUCGAAAGGUACAACGGCAUGGGUGGGCUCAAUCCUUGCUGGGGCAACAAUGUGUCCAGGUCCCAUCAUAAGUAUCAUCGCCAACAAAUACGGUUGUCGGUUAUGUUGCAUAAUGGGCAGCAUAAUAGCGGCAACGGCUUUUGCCCUCUCUAUUUACUGCCCCAAUGUGCAGAGCCUCAUGUUAGUCUACGGGUUCAUGGGUGGUCUUGGGUUUGGUUUCAUGUACCUGCCAGCAGUGGUAUGUGUUGGAUAUUACUUUGACACCAAGAGGUCUCUGGCAACAGGCAUCGCAGUAUGUGGCAGUGGUGUCGGGACCUUUGCAAUUGCACCAGUGGCGCAGUACUUAAUCGACAAUUUUGGAUGGAAAGGCACCAAUUUAGUAUUUGCUGGAGUCAUUGGCACCUGUGUGCUGUUUGGGGCAUUGAUGAAACCCUUAGAAUAUAAACAAAAGCCUCCUAAGCAAGUAAAUGGUACCGCCAAGCCGAACCUUUCAAGGAGAAACACAUACGGCGACACUACGUCACCAUACGCUUCAAAACUAUCUAUUGCUAGUAGGCGGAGUCAUACUGUGAAACCAAUGGAAAGAAAAGACGUUUUCUAUUCUCAAUCGGUCUUGAAUCUCAAAGAAUUCCAGUCCCAGAAGUCACUUAACGAAUAUAGGCGACACAGUUUGGCUAGCGCUAAGCCUAAAAAUUCUUCCAACGAACUCCUAAUGUUGUUCAAAGAUCCCGUGUUUAUGUUGAUUGGUAUUUCUAAUCUUUUUGGAAUGGCAGCUUUAUAUGUACCUUUUGUAUACAUAGUGGAAUGUGCUGUAACUGACGGCAUAUCGAAAGGGAAAGCCUCAUUCCUAAUCUCCAUAAUAGGAAUCACCAAUACCAUAGGCAGGCUGUUGGUUGGAUAUUUGGCAGAUUUCCCACAAAUUAACGCGUUAUUAGUGAACAACUUGGCUCUGGUAUUGGCUGCCAUCGCUGUAGGAUUGGCACCGUUUUGUCAUACGUAUGCAGCUUACGUUGCUAUGUCUAUAGCAUUUGCUCUAGCAAUAGAGCUUUCAGAAAAAAGGAGAUCCAUCGGUGCAGUGCCUUUAUGCUGAAUAGCAGUAGCCAUGGGAUUACUUUGCCAGUUUAACAGCCGUUUCCACUUGCGUGUCAGAUUUGAUAGUUUAUAAAUCAAAUAUUACGAAUUGCCACACUACUCCACGGCUACUACUUGCAGGAUAAAACGCUGCCCUGCAGGACCGCCUCACGUUGGCUGAACGCAGUCAUCGAAAUAUCACGGCCUAUAUAUCGCUAACAUCGAUCAUUCUGGUGGACCUGUUGGGGCUGGAUAAACUAACGAAUGCUUUCGGACUCCUCAUUUUAUUCAGAGGCACAGCCUCUGUUAUCGGUUCGCCUUUAGCUGGUGCCUUGUAUGAUAUCACACAUUCUUUCACAGUGCCGUUCUUUGUAGCUGGGGGGCUAUUCGCCAUAGCAGCCGCGAUCAGCUUCAGUGUACCACCUGUCAAAGCUUGUCUUGACAGAAGGAAAAAGGUGUCUUCAAAUAAUGACGAAGCCAUGACUCCCAUGAAUACGAAACAAAAUAGCAAUAUAGAGGAAAAAUAGUGUAAUAUUUAGGGUAUUAAUAAAUUUUUGUUUAGUUCGGUUUUGAUAAUCGUGAUCCUACCUGUUACAAAUUCCUUAUGUA